AUGCAGAUUUUUGAAACAGUAGAGCAAGUAUAUGUGAGGAAUUCUACAUUGACAGGAACUACAAAUGGAGUAAGGAUCAAGACAUGGAAGGGGGGAUCUGGGUAUGCAAAGAAUAUCACAUUUGAGCAUAUCACGUUUUUUAGAGUUGGAAAUCCCAUCAUCAUCAAUCAAUCUUAUAAGGACAAUCCCAAAAAUGACGAACUGGAAUCGGCGGUGCAAAGAAGUGAUGUGACUUAUAUGAAUAUCAAUGGAUCGCCUGUCAGUGACCAAGCAAUUACUUUGAAUUGCAGUCUGAGCAAACCUUGCACAAAUAUUGUAAUGGGUCAAAUUAACUUAUUUUCCUCCGUUCCUGGAGGGAAAAUCACUUCCUUUUGCCAAAACGCCCAUGGAACUUCCAUUUCAACUAUACCUAAUGUAACUUGCUUGUCAGGUUAA